GGAUGGUGUUAUCUAUCACUGUCCACACCGCCGACAGACACCUCCAAGCAUGGAUGCAGCCUAAUGCCCGUUACUUUUCCCGCCAGACAAACAUAGGGUUCUAUACCGCGGAUGUUGUAACUGGUAACCUUCAAGAAAGUGUCUCUAGCUGGCUCAUGAUCCUCUAAUGACAGUGACAGGUGCGCUCCGUUCAUGCCCGUGCCCAUGGCCCGGACAGGCGCGGGAAAUCUGCUGUGCAAGCGGAACAGUAAACUGGACUCUUUCCUCAAGAGGAACACUGACCGUGGGGUGUAUGAGCGAAUCCGUGCUUACGAGCCGUGCGUGGUGAUCUCCGAGACCGUCAACAAGGUGUUUAUGCAUGUGGUUCUGAGUGAUGACUGCGUGUACCUGGCGGAGUACCCUCCGCGCACCCUGACGGUAGCCGUCAACUUCAGCCACAUCAGGGAGAUCGAGCUGGUCAACGAUCUACCUGACUUCCUGUCUGGGCGGGACCGAGAGCGCUCGCAACACAUACGCGUCGUCUACGCCACCGAAAAGCAUAGUGGGAAGAGACAUGGGUGGAUGAGAGGAAAGGAGCCUGGUGAAUUCCAGCCCAGCCCCGCCCCACCUACUCACAGGCACUCUCUGGCUGUGUCUCCGUCUCUGAGAGUUGGAGGCGUCGUCCUGUCGGCCCAUGCACCCCCCCCAGGGACUGACGUCUGGGAGCUCCCCCCCAUCCAGCGGAGGAACAACGAGGUUGAGGAGGAGGAGGAAGAGAGGCUCCCCAUGUUGAGGAUCAACCGCUCUGCCUCCUGCCCCGACCCCCAAACCCUGGGCCUCCACGUCGCCCCACCCAGGCCCCUCCCCCAACCCCCCUCCCCAGCCCUCUCCCUGCCCUCCCCUCACUCGCCCCUGUCCCCCGAACCCCCCCCUCCGGCGGGCCGGUCGGAGCCCGCGCCCCUUCCCAGGAGGAGGAGGAGGGGCUCGGUGCUGGCCCGUCUGAUGAAGAAGGGGCGGGCGCCGGGGGGAGAGAGGAAUGAGGAGGGGGAGGGAGGCAGGGAGGCCGAGCUGCACCUCUAUUCGGUGUCCCCCACCUCGCGGAUCUACCUUCACCUGCAGAGCUCCUGGAGCAGCUACAUCAUAAGAUCAACAUUGCUACUAGACCCUCUCUACAGUAAACGAUGUAGCGCCUCCGCUAACAGCACCCCACAGAUACAGCCCACCAUUAGCUGGGAGCGUACAGCUCACCUGUUCCGUCAGCUGAGUGGGGAGCUGCUCCAGGAAGGCCUCAGUCUGGAGAGCCGGUACCUGCUGCUCCAGGAGCUGUGCACCGCGGCGCACCGCAACACCACCCUCCGCAAGCUCUUCUGGAGGUCCAGCGACCUGUGUCCGUUCCUGGUCAGAACGCUAGAAGAAUCGCUUCGAAGCUGCCAGGCACCUGAUGCCAACCGUAGAGGAGGACACACCGCCGAUCAGCUGCUGCUGUGCACCCUCAUCAUCCAGACCAUGGCUUUGAUGUUCAGAGAAACUGAGAUCGAGCCAGCUCGCCUCAACAUGCUUACAGCCAAACAGGGAGCUUUGCCUGCUAGGCUGCUGCUGGCAAUGGUGUGUGAGCCUCAGCUCCCACCCCAGGAACCAGCUCUCAGCCCCCCAGACCUGAGGCAAGACCCCCCCACACACACAAAGCUGCAGGGCCUGUUAGCUGAGUAUCUGGAUGCCGCCUGCUCUCUACUGUUUGAGCUGGUGGUGCUGUGUCAAGAAGAGAGCGCCGCGGUAGAUGAAUCUAUGGACACCCGUGAUGGAGGAUGUGGAUGUGUGUUGCUGCAGGCCAGCCGGACGUUGAGGUGUCUGGAGCAUUUCCUCACUGUGGGAUGGAUCCUGAAGGUUCUGCAGCCUCAUCCAGCCUUGAGGUCCUUCAUGGGCUUCCAGGCCCAGCAGGUGGUCCUGGUUCUGUCUGACCCCCAGGCCCCUCUGAGCCCGGCCCAGGCUGCUCUGGUGUACCAGCGCUGCAGGGUUCUGCUGGCCUGUCUCCAGUACAGCUCCCCACUGGGCCUGUACCUUCGCACAGAGUACCGGGAGGAGUUCCGGUAUUACGUGAAGGUGUCCUGUUUGGAGGAGAAACUGCCUUCCCACUACCCCAUCAGUCAGCCGGCCCGACGCCUUGUAUCCCAGCUGCUGGGACUCAUCCUGCAGAAUUAAUGAACAAUGAAGCACCCUCUGGAGACAUGCGUGCUCACACACACUGAUAUUUAUAAUAUGUAAUCAUGUACAAAGACAACACACACACCUGUGCAGCAUGUUGACUUAUCCUCCUAUGUGUUAGCAGGGCGCUGUACCAGCUAGCGUAUGGUACCAGUUAGUGUAUGUUCUCCAUCACUCUGAGAGGCACUGGGGAAAGCCCACAGUGUGCCUUUGUGUGGACAUGCAGUGGGGCGGGUGUGUGUGAGGGGAGGGGUGUGUGUGUGUGUUUGUGGGGGGGUGUUCACACAAAUGCCAUUCCAUGGUGUCUAUGACUUAUUCUGGACGGGAGUGAUGACUUUUCACAUCUCUUCUGCACAAGGCCUUGUCUUGUUCUCAGGUAAAUGAUGUCAUGGCGAAUGAAGGGACUGAGAGUCUCUUGUUGAAAUCUGUAUGAAUUAAGUAACUGCACUUCUCACUUUAUGAGUGUUUUGAAUGUAGUCAGUAUUGGACUGGAUGACAUUAUGUCAAGUUGUGUUUCACAAAAUAUCCUCAUUAUUGUUAUACUUGGGCAUAAUAUUCUGCAUAUAUUUGAGCUUUUGUGCAUUAAAUAUCACUUUUAGGGUGUGAUUUGACUGAUC